AUGCUAAGGAACCAGGUCUACAAACAAACAUCAAUGAUUGCUCGAGAUUUCGCAAAGCUUCAGAUCUCAGUUCCGACUGCGGCGGACGGCGAGAAAUAUUCCUCCACCGCAUCCGGACGACCUAAUCAGUCUGUCACCAAGCCUGUGUCGCUAGAUUCGUCCACAGGUGAAGUCCUCGUCAGAAAGUCCACCGGUAAAACGAAAGUGCGUAAGGGCCAGACAGCAGAGGAGUUCGAGCGUCAGUGCGCACAAUUUUUCGACGUGGAGCGUGGCCCCGUGUGGACGCCUGUUGGAUGGAUGACGACCCGGGAUCCACUGCUCACACUUGAUACAGACCCUUCAUCCGACCUAAAGAUUAAGCAAGUACGACAGAAGCUUGCCAGCCACUGCCAUUUGCUCUACUACCGCAAGCAGUAUGCUGAUUGCGCCAGACUCUGCGAGAGACUCCUGAGUCGGUUUGAAGCACUUGACAACAGAAAGAAAAUUCAAAGGGAGAUUGAUGAGCUUCACUAUAUGCUCGAACGCUGCCGAGCAGCCAAAUAG